AUGUGGAACAAAUAUCGUCCAGUUUCCAACUUGUCUUUUCUGACACAGCCCUGGGCUUGCAAGAGCACCAGCUCCUCCCCCAUGCUCACACAAGAUAUAGACUUUUUCACAAUUUACAACAGCCCCAGUCGUUCCCAGCAUGCAGGUGUAAAGCAUUACUCCAGGUUGAUAUUCACCGGUAAAGUGAAGGCUCUUGAUGAAUCUUUUGGUAUCAACUAUGACUUUCGCUUUGAUGACGCGAUGGCGGCCAUAGGAUGCAUCGUCUACUCCUUUGAUCCCAGCAUGCUGGACACUGCUGACCACAAGCGUGGGGACCGUGUUUUCUUCAAGAGAAUUGGCAUCAGCGAUAAGGACGACGACCGUUUUGUACCCAGAGUCGAUGACUAUGUUAAAAAACGUCCGGCGGUCAAAGGUUGGCCGAUGAGACGUCUGCAGACAAUCCUUGACCUCUUGGGUCACAGAAAGGAGCAGCUGACCGUGCUUAAGCUAGACAUUGAGGGCUAUGAAUGGGACGUCACUCGUGAUCUUCUUGACUCGGGGAUCUUGUCGUCCGUCCCGCAGUUUCUGGUGGAGUGGCACCUGUUUAGGGACUUUCCGCCUCGAGAACGAGUCCCUGAUGCCGUUGAUACGUACUUCCGUCUGCGUGACAUGGGCUUCCAGCUAUUCGUCACCGGCGGCCUCUACCAAGGAUUUCGUUCAGGGACCUCCUUUAGAAUUCAGGCAGAAGUUGCCUACCUUAACACGAAAAAAAACUGAUGUCUCCCUCUCUUUUCUGUAUGUACUUUAUCUCCAGAAACUUCAAUUUGCAUUUUACUUUCUUUAUUUGAAUUAAGCCUUAUGAUCAGCAGUUUUAUUCCUCUCGCCUGCAUUUACACAGAUGUAGCUGACAGGACUUGAACGUUGAAGUCAAUGAAAGGGAAGGAAGUCGUUAUCUUUCCUUUUGCCCCUCCCCCUCAUAAGAGUCUUACAGAGUAACAUCUGUUUACUGACUUUCCACUUGGCGUCUGUGUGGAAAAAUGUCUGUCUUCUAACUCAUUGCUUAGAAUGUUUUUGGCUAAAGUCCUCUUUUUGUACUGCUAUUACAAAUGAGU